UGAUUUUUAGUCGCUUAGUUAUAAAAUAUCCCACGGGGUGCCCGUGCCCAACACUGGUGUUAAUUAAAAAAUAUGAUUUAUGUGACUAUUUUAUAAUAGUGUAGUUGUCAGUAGUUGUGUUCAAAAGUAGCUGCAGCGAAUGAAUUGAAAUAUGUAAUGUUUACUAAUUGAUUCUAAUAAAAUUAAUCAGUAACCUACAAAUGUGCUCAUGGCUUCCUGGAUUACAAUCACACCGCGAAUUCAGCUGGGUCUGAAAAUAGCAAAUCAAGUAGACAACAGUAAAUUUCGUUUAUUAAUAAAUCGUAUUUGCCAAACGCUUCAAUCUACUGUUAAUACGAGAAUAUUUAGUGAGGAAGAAGAAGAGAAAUUGUUAGUUUCUUUGGACUUAAAUAAGGAUGAUCUAAUAUGUUUACUAGAUGCAGUAACGUCGAUUUAUAAGCAAGCUGCUUGUAACAUUAUAAAACCUCAGUUGAUGGAAAGCACUUUGAAAGAUACUUUUAAAGUCAAUGAUGAUAAGGUUCAAACAUUUUUAAAUGCUUGGAUUACAUAUGGGAAAGGCAUAAUUGAUAAUUUUAGACAAAUGUCUAUAUUCCCAAUUCAGGUAAAAGAUAUUGACUGGUGCUUAAAUAUUCAAGCCGCAUCCUCCACUGUUAAAAAAGAUGUACGUCCAAUGGCAUUAUUACAACUGAAUUUGACAGGUGAAGAAGAGUCUAAAUUAACAGUUGAAUUUGAUAAGAAAGAGCUUAUAGAUUUGUACCAGAAUUUAGAGAAGAUGCAAUCACAGUUAGAUUCUCUUAAAUAAUAUUUAAAGAAUUAAUAUAAUUUAUUCCAAAAAUA